AUGAAAGUACAAUUCUAUCAACGUCUCUUCAAUGAUGACACUAUUACAGUUGGUUUCCGAUUGAUCACAGAUUGUUUCCGAACCACUAACGGUACUCGCUCAUUUGGUGGAUCCUGUGGGGAAAGUGCUGCACAAGCGGCCAUUAAAAUGAAGAAGGCAAUAGCAAGACUCAAAGCGAACAGUAUAAAGGACAAUGCAGAACGAAGUACAGAAUGACUUGAAGUGGCAUCAACUUCAUCGAAACGUAAUUGAGGAUCAGCCGUCAUAGGAAGAUUUUUGUCGAAUUGCGUCAUAUUGUACAGCCAGUAA